GCACCCAACAGAACAAACUUUAACCUGAAAUCACCCAACGAAAAUAAACCUAACCUUAACCUGAAAAAGGCAAAUUUAAUUAAAACAGAUAAGAAAACAUCUGAUGGAAAAAACCAAUAUUUCCAAUACUAG